CCCAACGGGGCAGAGUUGGAGUGGGGUGGAGACAGAGUCUCUGUGGUCAGUGACAUUUGCCGGCUGCAAUUCCUCUGCUCUCUGUCCUCUUGUAAGCCAGGUGGACUAUACCUUGACACUCAGCCACCACAAUACAGAAGCUGUCACCACAAUGAGGUUCUUCCCCAUUCUGUGCCUGGUGCUGUUUAUCAGCCAUGGGGUGGCUUCCCGCCGACACUCCCAUUCCAAGGAGAAGAAGAAGGCUAAAGAGUCCUCGGUGGGUAAUGUGGGAAAUCCCAGCAGCAAAGACUUUACCUUCAGACUCUACAGGGCCUUGGCUUCUGAAGCCCCUGGUCAGAAUGUCUUCUUCUCCCCCAUGAGCGUGUCUAUGAGUUUGGGCAUGCUCUCCCUGGGGGCUGGCUUGAAGACAAAGACCCAGAUCCUAGAUGGCCUAGGCCUCAGCCUCCAGCAAGGCCAAGAGGACAAGCUCCACAAGGGCUUCCAACAGCUGCUACAGAGAUUCAGGCAGCCUAGUGAUGACCUGCAGCUGAGCCUGGGCAGUGCCCUUUUUAAAGACCCAGCAGUACAUAUCCGGGACGACUUCCUGAGUGCCAUGAAAAUGCUGUAUAUGUCAGACACUUUCUCUACCAACUUUGGGAACCCUGAAAUCGCCAAGAAGCAGAUCAAUGACUAUAUAGUCAAGCAGACCAAGGGCAAGAUUGUAGACUUGAUCAAGGAUCUCGACAGCACCCAUGUCAUGAUAGUGGUAAAUUACAUCUUCUUCAAAGCCAAGUGGCAGACGGCCUUCAGUGAGACAAACACCCACAAGAUGGAUUUCCAUGUGUCCCCCAAAAAGACCAUACAGGUGCCCAUGAUGAACCGUGAAGAUGGGUAUUCCUACUACCUGGACCAAAACAUCUCCUGCACUGUGGUGGGGAUCCCUUAUCAAGGCAAUGCCAUCGCUCUAUUUAUUCUCCCCAGCGAGGGCAAGAUGAAGCAGGUGGAGGAUGGCCUGGACGAGAGAACAUUGAGGAACUGGCUUAAGAUGUUAACCAAGAGACGUUUAGAUCUUUACCUCCCCAAGUUCUCCAUUGAGGCUACCUACAAACUGGAAAAAGUCCUUCCCAAGCUGGGCAUCCAGGACGUCUUCACCACCCAUGCUGACUUGUCUGGCAUUACUGACCAUACCAAUAUCAAGUUGUCUGAGAUGGUGCACAAAUCCAUGAUGGAGGUCGAAGAGUCAGGAACCACAGCAGCUGCCACCACAGGAACCAUCUUCACAUUCAGAUCUGCUCGGCCAAGCUCACUGAAGAUAGAAUUCACCGGACCCUUUCUGCUGACCCUGAUGGAGGAUUCACAUAUAAUUUUUGUUGGCAAGGUGACCCGGCCCUGAGGGGGGACUCCUUCUGAAACUCAUGGGCUUACACAGAGGGAGCCAGGCAUGUUCUUCAGCCCAUCCAUCUCUUGGUUGCUAGUGAUUUUCAUAGAGUAGCUUGACUAGUAAGGUGUUGUAAGUGAUAAGAUCAAUAUCCCUAUGGCUGCUUCCUUGAUCACAGUUGCAAGAUGUGUUCUUGCUCUCAUCCUUCAUCAUUGACAAGGACCCUAAAGAGGUCACUUGAUUUCUCCAAGGUCCUACCACCAUAUAUGUGACAUAGCUGUGCCCAGACUCCAGGCCUCUCUUGCUCAGUCUAGCACUACAAAGUUCUGUAAGGGACUGGUCCCCAUAGAUAAAGGUCACCAGGAAGCAGAGUCAUAAACCUGGGCUCCCACCUGUCAGCACCAAUGCUCAGUUCAUCAGGGUUGAGAGAGGACACUGGAUUGAGAUUCUGAAAUGCCACUGGUAGCUCUGUAACAUGGGAAUGUAAAUGUUCCUCUCUGGGCCUGUGUUUCUUUGUGUGUCCAGUGAAGGAUCAGAACUAGAAGCCCAUUCAGCAAUCUGUGAGAUUAUUAUCCAGGGGUUGGCUUCUCUAUGCUAGCCAGGUUUGCUGUAAGAACUCAGGUUAGUAGCAUACUUGAGUAAUCAGGGUCAAAGUGUCUCACCACAAACAAAGGUAUCAAAUCACAAGCCUG